UAAUAGAAGUCUAAAUAUCUCCUGGGCGAGCAUACAAACCUGCCGGGAGGAGUGACCUAUCUCCUGGGAGGCUGUACAGGGGAGUUGGCCACAUCGAUGAUAUUUGUGCCUCUCGAAGUGUUGAAGACCCGGAUGCAGGUACAGGCAAUGUGUAGCAGCAGAAGGCACGAGCCAUACGUUUCCCUCGCUCACGCUGUACAGAAUGUUCUCAAGAACGAAGGGUGGAAGGGCUUCUAUCGAGGGUAUUCUGCCACCAUGUUCAGAGAGAUACCAUAUGCCGCGGUUUUUUUUCUCGUGUAUGAAGAAGUGAAAAGACACGUCUUUUCCAGAGGUUAUUCGCCAGACACACACCAGCAUGAAACCUCUCAAGAUACAUACGAAGAUACACAGUCAUGCGAAAACAUAACCUCGACCGUACCCCCAAGGGAUUGCGUAGGUCGGUACCCGAUCGAAAAAUCUGAUGGGUCAAAUAUGGGCGCAUCUCCAGCGGUAGUACGAAAUUUAGAUGAAGGCACGGAAUGGGUAGGCACAGGGAUUGGUGGAGAUGCUGUGAUUCACAACGGGACAGAUAUACAGGACAAUGACACCGGAAACAAGAACUCCCUUUGGAACUCAUACAAACAAACGGCGGAUAAAAUAAUAAUCAAUGCAAACAAAUUUAGUGAUUCAGAAGGCGAUCAAUACUCAGACGUAGACGCGAGCAACAACGCGUACUUGCGGCCGGACGAAGCGAUUGUCACCGGCGCAGUUGCGGGUGCGGUAGCAUGUACUGUGACGAUACCCUUUGAUGUUGUGAAGACACGGUCGCAACUGACCUUGGGCGCUCAUGUGGGGCUCAUGCGGACAGGCGUACAGCUGGUGGCUAAAGAGGGAUGGCUGGUGCUGUUCUCUGGGCUCCCGGCGCGUAUACUAUACCAGUCACCCCAGGCCGCUAUGAUGAUUCUGAUGUACGAAUGGGCUUCGUCUAUAUCUAGUCAGAUCUUCGACGGGUCCUGAUCAACUGCAGGAACUUGUAAUCCAGCUUGAGGUCAAAAUUCAAUUUCCGCUUAAUCCAUUCCCAGUAUUGCGAUGGGUGUAUUAAUUGAUAUGGAACUUCAGUUGUUAGCCAACAGUAUUUGCCGACACAGCCAGUCAACUGUUGGAAGAAUGCUAUGGAGCGAGGUUGUGCGCGGGAGUCUAACCUUGAUCGCACCACAAACAUGAAUUUCAAACAUCAAGUGGAGUGUCAGACUGAAGAGCUGUGUUUUUUCAAGUCAUCAUUAACUGUAUCGCUCGGAUAUCUGUCCUAAUCACAGACGAGAUAGAAUCCAUGAGUUGUUGUGUGGUGCAUGUUUGCAACUUGAGUGUGGGGAUCACUUGAUUGAUACUAGUGGUGGAACCAUACUGUGCCGCAACAAUCUGCCACCUAUUCAUAGAUGGAGGAUAUUUGAAAGGCAAGAUGCUUUAUUCUCUCGCGGCACAGUAUCAUAAGUUAGCUGGAAAAGAAUGAGACUGGAAAGGCAGUCGCAGUGUCUGCGUACGAGAAGUGUCCUGUGGUGUGUAUUGUAAAGGAUAAUGGGCUUUCUCGAAGUGGACUUGUAGACCUAUACACUUGGUCGCUACAAAAGCUGAAGUCAUAUGUGAGUUGCCUCAAUCAGAGCUUCGUAAGAUAUUUUCUGCAAUGCGAAGGACAUUCCGGUAUUGCUGUACUAUGUGGAAGUCAUAAAGUAUCCACGUAUAACAAAUCAGCACUUUGAAAUGGCUUAUACAAGCGAACAUAGUCAUAGAAAGUAACACUCGCCCGUAUCAGGAGAGCAAUUUAGUAUUAGGCUCGGUAAAGCUAGCAGAUACACCUGCUGCACGACCGAUUUCACUUAGUCGUUUUGCCAUGAAUAAACCUGUAUGACACCCG